UUCAUAAAGUAAGAUACGAGUUAUCUGGGUGAAGGGUCUUUCUGCUAAACGCAGAUGUGCCAAACUAGAGAAAAGGCUAACCCACCCACUGCCACUACAGUGAAUACAACUGACCUUCGUGGACUUGAACUGAAACACCAUGUCACUCCUGAGAGGUGUGUUCAUUGUGUCUGCAAAGCGGACCCCGUUUGGCACGUAUGGGGGGGUGCUGAAGGACCACAGUGCCACAGACCUGGCUGAGCAUGCAGCCAAAGCCGCACUGGCUGCUGGGAAUGUCGCCCCAGAGCUUGUCAACAGCGUCAUCAUGGGAAAUGUCAUGCAGAGCUCACCAGAUGCCCCCUACAUUGCACGGCAUGUGGGUCUGCGCUGUGGGGUGCCCAUUCCAGUGCCCGCGCUCACAGUCAACCGCCUGUGUGGCUCUGGCUUCCAGUCCAUUAUCAACGGAGCUCAGGAGAUCUGUCUAAAGGAGUCUGAGGUGGUUCUUUGUGGUGGUUCUGAAAGCAUGAGCCAGGCACCCUACGCUGUCAGGAACAUCCGCUUCGGAACCAGAUUUGGCUUUGACCUCAAGCUGGAAGACACACUGUGGGCAGGGCUGACAGAUCUCCACGUAAAAAUCCCCAUGGGCAUCACAGCUGAGAACCUGGCAGAGAAGUACGAGAUCUCCAGAGAGGACUGUGACAAGUAUGCCUACCAGACCCAGCAGAGGUGGAAGGCUGCUCAUGAAGCAGGCCACUACACUGCUGAGAUUGCACCCAUCGAUGUGAAGGCUAAGAAGGGCAAGGUGCCCAUGACUCAGGAUGAGCAUCCCCGGCCCCAGACCACCCUGGAGCAGAUGGCCAAACUGGCCCCUGUCUUCAAGAAGGGGGGCACCGUCACAGCUGCCAACGCAUCGGGCGUGUCUGAUGGUGCUGCUGCUGUGGUAAUAGCCAGUGAGGAUGCAGUGAAGGAGCACAAGCUCAAGCCAUUGGCCAGGAUUGUAGCCUAUCACGCUUCAGGCUGUGACCCCAGCAUCAUGGGAAUUGGGCCAGUACCAGCUAUCACAGAAGCCCUCAAGAAAGCAGGGCUUUCAUUGAAGGACAUGGAUCUAGUGGAGGUGAACGAGGCGUUUGCUCCUCAAUACCUGUCCGUUGCCAAGGCGCUUGGGCUGGAUCCUGAGAAGAGCAAUGUGAACGGUGGAGCCAUCGCCAUCGGACACCCGCUAGGAGCGUCAGGAGCACGCAUCACAGCUCACCUGGUCCAUGAGCUCAGGCGGCGAGGAGGGAAGUAUGCAGUGGGCUCCGCCUGCAUUGGAGGUGGCCAGGGCAUCGCCAUCAUCUUGGAGAACACCCAGUGAAGACACACACACACACACACACACACACACACACACACAACACACACUCUCAAAACAACCUUAAUCGGGAAGACGUAUCAAAUACACACAAGCACUUAGAAACACAGGGCAAUGUCUCUGAAAUCAGCCUACACAUGAGGUAGACCCAAGGAAAAGCAUAAAGAACAAACUGCAAACAACCCGAGCUGUGACUUGCAUUGACUUGAAUGCAGAGGUAAUAUUUAUAGGAUUGUUGGUAGCUGUCUUUUGCUCCCAUAGUGUGCCUCUAACUAACUCAGUCAGGUCUGUGCAAAGGACAGGAGAAUGUACUGUACGGUGAUGAGGAUGCCUUGCAGACACCAAGGGCAUUUGGUCCCUUUUGUGUACUUGUGCUGAAGAUGCUGGUGUUACACAAUGCAGAUUACACAACGUUGUGUCUUUAUUGUAGCAUUUUGUUGCCUCCUGAUUGCAUUAUGUAACACCCAUCCAGCCUUUUCUAAGCCUUCAACUGACUGGUAGUCUCUCUCUCUCUCUUUCUUUUCUUUCUUUCUUUCUUUCUUUCUUUCUUUCUUUCUCCAUGUGUCUUCGUUCACUCCCAUUGAUACACUCUAUAUGUGACAGGCUAUGACUGUUCAUUCAUGUUUUGUUGAGAAUUACAACUAUCAAUAAAGUUUGUGUUCAUACUGCCUUA